UCGGACUGAUCAUGUGGGUAGGAGGUUGGUGUAGUUGCCGGGCAACCACAGCGAUUGGGCGAAGAAUGCAUUGGGCUACCUUCCGGUUCUAGCAUAUUAGGGAUCCCCAAAGAAAACAAGGGAACAGGCCAUGGAAAGGAAUGAUGUUAUUGACUUCAAAGCUUUGGAGAAAGAGCUGCAGGAUGCACUUGCUGCUGAUGAGAAGUACAAACGAGAGAAUGCUGCCCAAGCUACGGGCAGUGGAACAGAGGGUGUCUUCCUAUGAGGAGGUUCAGGGUAUUGUCCUUGCAUCACAUCUGAAGCCUUUGGAGCGUAAGGACAAAAUGGGAGGAAAGAGAAAUGUACCCUGGAAUUGUCACACUACUCAAGGGCAACCUUCCCAGGAUGUGGCCACUGAAAUCUCCAGAUAUGAGCCUGGCCCACACCGCUGUGCUCCUAUGGGCCUGGGGAAGUCUCCAGGCCUUUGAAAUAGUGGAGAAGGAGAACAUUUUUCAGAAGACCCCCUGCCCUGCUUUCCUUAUGUUUGACAAUGCUGCCUACUUGGCAGACAUGAGCUUUGAGCUUCCCUGCCACUGUAAGCCCGAGGAAGUGCUGGCUGUAGUCUGGUACUAUCAGAAGCAUGUGGGUAGCAGCCACACCAAAGUCCUGACAGACUUUGAUGGGCGUGUGCUGACAGAGGCAGCCCAGGUGCGUGUGGGCAGUGACAUGCUGGUCCGCUUCAGCAUCCGCAUGUUCAGUUUGUUGGUUUUCCGGGCCCAGCCAGAGGACUCUGGCCUGUACUUCUGUGGUACCCGCAAAGGGGAAUACUUUUAUGCCUAUGAUGUGGACAUCCAGAGCAGUGAGAGAAUGGUGGCUACCUUCAAGGACAUGGGCCAGGAGCCCUUUGCUGAUGAGUACUAUGGAAACCUCCAUGUCUUCACCACCUUCUGGGAAUGGACACCCUGUGACCGCGGCGGGGUGCGUGGGGAGCAAUGGCGCAUUGGCCUCUGCUACCUGCAGAGCCCUGACCUGUCUCCACGGUACCGUAGGACACUGUCUGAUGUAGUGUCCUGUGGCUCGCGGGCUGUGCCUAGGAGACUGCGCACUACAAUCAGAUACCACAUGCCUGAGUUGCUGGUUCAGAGCUGCUUGGUGCCCUGCAAAGAGAAGAACAAGGUCCAGGAGAGUUUGCUGGCCAUCACAAACUAUGUGUUCAAAGUGGGCAGUAGGCCCUGGGUGCCCCAGGUGCCCAUUCAGUACCACCAGCAGAGACUGGGCCAUGGACUCAUCAUCUCCUGUCCUGGGGCCCGGCCAGAGCAUGCUGUAGCUUGGGACAAGGACCACCAGUACCUCUACCGCACCCAGUACCUAAAAGGUGUCAACAGAUCCAUGAGGGUGUUCAUCGACCAUGGCAACCAUCUCCACAUUCGCUUCACCCAGCUGAGUGACCGGGGCAUUUACUAUUGCUGGCGGCAGGGGGUGCGGAUCGCUGGGUUUCGACUUGGUGUAACAUCUCGAGGGCGCUACCCAGUCUCACUGUCAGACCCUGAGACUCGUGCAGCUGUGGAGCUCACCCUGAUAAGCUAUCUGCUCAUCACGGCAGUUUUUGUCACCGUUCACCUCUGUCGUUGCUGCCGUUACUCGUUUCGCUUUUGUCCCAACUUUUCCCCCUAGGCUUUCUCUUCCUAAGCACUGAAGACCAGUUAUGCUUUGAUGUGUUUGUUAAACACCAGAAACUUCUGGGUGGAGUACCCUGGGCUGGGACAUGUGGCAAGAAGUUGCAGACAAACCUUAGUUAAAACCUGCUUCCCAAUUUUAUGAGCAGGUAUGGGGCCUGAUCUGGGAAGUGGGAAAAUCUGAGCUAGGUGGGAGCUUGGGGACCGAGGAGAGGAGGGAAGUAGCCAGGGGCACAUGUUUUCUGACUUCUCUCUAGGAACAGAGGAGGAAGUGAACUCAAACCCACCAAAUCAUCUCUCAGUGCUGGACAGCAUUUGGGGUGCCCUUGAGGAUUGCUGGUUGAACUGGGGGUAAUGGGGGAGAAAGGAAGAAAAGAGUGGAGGGAGCUAGCAUAUGUCCUCCUUGGCUUUCUCCCCAGCAUCAUUCUGGGAAUGGCAGGUAGGAAUAGCAGGUGUGGGAUUAAAGAUGAAGACUAGGAUGGGGAAUGGUGAGAAUGGAGAUCAAAUUCUGGGCUUUCCUGAGCCAUGCUGCACUUGGGCUGGGAGUGAGAAGAUGGAGUGGGGAGCAGAGGCCAGGGGACCAGGCCUGUUGUGGCAGAGCAGGU